AUGGCGGUGAAGGUGUACGGGUGGACGAUCUCGCCGUUCGUGUCGCGGGUGCUGCUGUGCCUGGAGGAGGCCGGCGUCGACUACGAGCUCGUCCCCAUGAGCCGCGACACCGGCGACCACCGCCACCCCGACCACCUCGCCAGGAACCCGUUCGGGGAGGUGCCCGUGCUUGAGGACGGAGACCUCACCCUCUUUGAAUCCCGGGCGAUCGCGAGGCAUGUGCUCCGCAAGUACAAGCCGGAGCUCUUAGGGUCCGGCAGCCUGGAGCAGUCAGCGAUGGUGGACAUGUGGGUGGAGGUGGAGGCCCACCAGAUGGAACCACUAGCGGGCGCCAUCAUUGUCGAGUGCAUCGUCGCGCUUUGUCCUACAUGGCCGCUGAACGCAACCAGGCCGUCGUCGACGAGAACGUGGAGAAGUGAAGAAGGUCUUUGGAGGUGUACGAGGCGCGGUGGCGGCGAGAGAGUACCCGCCCGGCGACGUCCUCACCUCGCCGACCUCACCACUUCACCAUCAUGCACUACUUCAUGGCUACGGAGCACGCCACGCUGGUCGAGGCACUACCGCACGUCGGCGCUGGUGGGAGAACCUCGCCGCCCGCCCAGCAGCUAA